CUCACCCCUUGUCUCCACACCUCAUCUCAUAAUUCAAACUUCUCAUUCUGUCCCAUCUGUACCUAUCCUCCAACAAUACCAUACUAUCAUUUUCUCUUCACACCAGAAUGGAUGCAAGCAGCGCAGAUGAAAGCACAACCAGUGACUCCUUAUCAACCACGCCCUCGCCCAUCAAGCCGCCGGAGAUCAGUCUCUGCCGCAUGGGCAGCGGCACCAGCGUGAUCAUCGACGCGGAAAACGGAGUCGAAGCGGAGUCUAGAAAGCUGCCCUCAUCGAGAUUCAAAGGCGUAGUCCCUCAGCCUAAUGGCAGGUGGGGUGCACAAAUCUACGAGAAGCACCAAAGGGUCUGGUUGGGCACUUUCAAUGAGGAAGAAGAAGCCGCCAGAGCUUACGACACUGCCGCGCAGCGGUUCCGGGGCCGGGACGCCGUCACUAACUUCAAGCCAUUGGCGGAGAAGGAAGACGAGAUCGAAGCCGCUUUCUUGAGCUCCCAUUCGAAAGCCGAGAUUGUUGACAUGCUCAGGAAACACACGUACAAUGAUGAGCUGGAGCAAAGCAGGAGAAACUACGCCGGGAACAAGAUGGCGAAAGACGGCCUCUUCAGCCUAUCCAGCGGCGGCGGCGACAGGGCGUUGAAAGCCCGAGAACAGCUCUUCGAAAAGGCGGUGACGCCUAGCGAUGUGGGCAAGCUUAACAGGCUUGUGAUCCCCAAACAACAUGCAGAAAAGCACUUCCCUUUGCAGAACGGAAACAAUUCGAAAGGAGUUCUAUUGAACUUGGAAGACAAAGGGGGCAAAGUAUGGAGAUUUCGUUAUUCAUACUGGAACAGCAGCCAGAGCUACGUCCUGACAAAAGGGUGGAGCCGGUUUGUGAAGGAGAAGAAUUUGCGGGCCGGCGACAUUGUGAGUUUCCAGCGAUCAACCAUCCCGGACAAGCAGCUUUACAUUGAUUGGAAACCAAGGAACAAUGGAUCCAAUGCCGCAGCAAUCGGGCUGUCAGGCCUUGUUCAGCCCGUUCAGAUGGUUAGGCUAUUUGGAGUAAACAUAUUUGAAGCGCCAAGAAACGGUGGCGACGCCGCCGCCAUUGAUAGUUGCAGCGGGAAAAGGCUUAGAGAAAUGGAGAUCUUGGGAUUGGAGUGCAGCAAGAAACAAAGAGUAAUUGACGCCUUGUAACAUUUAAUUUUAACCUUUUUCUUUUUAGUUGUAAUCGGUUCUUGUUGUUGAUUUGAAGUGGUAGUGAGUACUGUAGAUGAUGUUUUAUGUUGGGGAAUGGGAUGGCGUUGUUGGAAUCAAGAUGGGAAAAAGGGUUUGCAAUUGUACAGUACAGUGAUCAGACAAAAAACAGAAGAAGGGUAGCUGAAGAACUUAGGUGGAGAAAGAAAUAUUGAAAUACCAAAAAAUAUUAAUUUUGUUUGUUUCAAGAAUUUCAACCGUUGAGACAGAGUUAUCAGCUGCUGCUAUUAUUAUUGUAUGACUUGGUAUUGGUCAGGUUUUCUUUUCAAGCAGCCAAUGCUUUUUGCA